AUGGGAAAUAUGAUUUCUAAUAAUGAAGAGAUUUCAGUUAGUUUAUCAGAAUGCGAAUAUUAACAUAAGAAUUUUUCAUUAAAAUAUGAAUAUCCAUAAAGGAAAAUUCUGAAGGCAAGAAAAAGAAAUGAUUUUUCUUAAAGCAACAAUCGUCGAUAUUCAUAAAAUAUCAAGAAAGCUUAAGAAUUAAAAGCAGAAGGAAAUCAUUAUAUUUAAUUAAGAUAAUAUAAAAAGGCAAUUGAAUCAUACACUUAAGCUAUUGUAAGACUUUGGGUAUAAUUAGAAUCUAUAUGAUCGGGAUUCAAUAUAUUUCUCAAACCGAUCUGUAGCUAAUAAACUUUUAAAUAGAUUCUAAGAAGCAAAACAAGAUGCUUAUUAAGCAUUGAAAAUUGAUUAAAAAAACUCUCGAGCUCACUUUAUUUAUGGAACAAUUAUUUUAAUUGAAGUUUAAAUGUUUCCUGAUACCACAGAAUCUCUUAUCAAAUAAGCUCAAUUGGGUAUUUAGGAAUUAGAAUGUGGUAAUUUAAAUAUAAUAUAAAGUUUAGCUAUGGAAUAAGUUAAUAUAAGCAAGAAUGAAUAAAAAAAUAAAUUAAAAGUUUUGAUUAACUAAAAUAUAGCAAAAGGUAAACGGAUGAUAUAUUUAAUAAGAUAAGAAAUUGAUAAAAGAAGUAAAUUUAAUUAUUGAUGAAUUUAGAUAUAUAAUCUUUAAAACAAACAAUUUCUGAUAUAUCACAUCGUUAAUAGUUAUUAGUUGAUUGGAAUACUAUUGAAUAAAACAUAAAAAAAAAGACAGAUAUUUCAAUGCCAGAUUAUUUUGUUUGUCCUAUCUUAUUUGAAAUUAUGGAAGAACCUAUCCUUCUCAAUUCUGGGCUAUCUUAUGAUAAAUAAAGUAUUCAAUAAUAAUUUAAAUAAAAUGGAUAUAUUGAUCCUAUAACAAGAGAGUUUAUAGAUCCUUUGCGUAUGAUUGAAAACAUUUAAUUAGCAAAAGGUAUUUCAGAAAUAAAAAAUCGAUAUGGUUGGAUUGGAAUAGAAAAUGAAAAGGAUUAUAAAGCAAUAAGAUUUGAAUGACA